ACAAUAGUAGAGAGACUAGAACUAAGAGAGAGGCCUAGAUAUAGGAGAAUUCAUUAAAAUCAAGCCCAACGAAGCCCAACGAAGUCCAACGAAGUCUACGAAAACGACACAGCGUCGGGAUCUACCAAAAACAUUCGUCGUUUUUGUUUUAUCGGAGCCGGAGUCGGGGAAAGAUGAUCGUCUGCGUCGCCGUCGUUGGCCACCAGAACAACCCGCUUUACAUUCAGAGCUUCACAGAAGCUGACGAUGCCCUUAAGCUCCACCACAUCGUCCAUUGCUCCCUAGAUGUCAUCGAUGAGCGAGUGAACAAUCCCAAGAAGUCAGGUACUACACUGAACGAGGCUUUUCUUGGUCUUCUUUAUCCAACACUAAACUACAAAGUCUAUGGUUACUUGACUAAUACAAAAGUGAAGUUUAUCAUGGUCACAACUGAUUUGGAUGUCAGAGACACCGAUGUGAGAAGUUUCUUCAGGAAGUUCCAUGCCGCAUACGUGGAUGCCGUCUCAAACCCUUUCCACGUUCCUGGCAAAAAGAUCACUUCGAGAACCUUUGCAGAUUCCGUGAGUAACAUUGUUAGGUCAUACACUUUUAACUGAGCCUAUUUACUUGCUUUCUUGUUUGCAUACGUUCAUGUAAACCUUCUGAUUUGCUCCAUUGAAGGUAAGGUAAUUUUCCCUUUAAAGUAAACGAGCGUUUCGUUGAUUUUUUUUUUUAUUCAUCCUUUAUAUUGAGAGUUUAUGUGAAAUAUGUAAAAGCAAAAACAUGAUUAAAGUAAUCUUGAAGCAAAAGUGAAAAACUGGUCUGACG